CUCUACGAUUUAAUCAGAAGGAUUUAAAACUAUAUAAUCAUUAUGAAGCUCAAAUUGAAACACUUUCUACUCUUAGCCAGAAAAUAUUUCAAGAACUCUUGAAUGAUAAUUUAGUAAUGGAACGAUUGCAACUACCAUUGUCUUCAGAUAAUGAAAAUAUUAAAGAUCUUCUGAUAACUUGGUCAAAAAAUAUUCAUCAAAUGGCGUUAGAUUCCGUUCUAUUAAAAAAAAAUGCCCAAUGGUUUGUGACAUGGUCAAUAAAUUUGGAAAGCCGAUUAAAUAAUUACAAAUGUGCAGCAUAUAUGCUACUUGAAAAAACUAUAAAAAUUACAUUUCAACAAGUGCAGGGCAGGCAAUAUCACGAUCAGCUCUUUCCGAAUUGCACAGAAUCAUGGACUAUAUCUGAAAAAAUUAUUGAUUUGGAACCAGCUAAAGCAUCAAAAUUUCAUGACACAUCAAUAUUGGCGUAUAAAGAAUUUGCAAAGAUUAAAUCGUGUCUAGAUGCUCUCAGCUCUGAACAUCUAUUUGAAAAACAUAUCGAAUAUGGACCUGAUAUUUUAAUUUAUAUUAAUAAUAAUCUUGUAAAUAAUCAACCCUUGAAAAAACAGUUUAAUAACCUUUUGCAAGUAGCAUAUGAACUUCAUUAUAAAUCACUUCCAGAAUUCACAAAUGACUAUAUUCAAUUAUCAAAGGAGGCUGAGGAUUAUCUAUUGGUACGCUUGAUCAAAACUUAUAUGCGAAGCAGACAACGAUCUUGGCGACGAUUUAAAGAAUACAUCUCAGAAAAAGGUUUAUCUAGUUUGCGAGAGAAUGUCAAAGCAAUGAAUGCAGAUUUAAAAAGUGAUGCAAAAAAAGAUGAGAAAUCAAAAAUAAAGCUUGUUACGUUUAAGAAAGGGAUGCUACCAGAGGAUCUUGAUUUGGCACUUUGUCAGCUUAAGAUUUGGACUCGAGAUAACAGAGCUAAAAGUGUAUUCGAGAAGGUAUUCAUGAUAUCUGAUCUUAAGAUUCUUGUUCAGGCAUUUCAAAGCGAGCCA